ACGCAGCUCCCUUUACCGCUGCGAGCCUUGUUCUCGGCAAAUAUUUCAGUUCUCGCAUUGUAUUUCUUGACGACCUGGCAACGGUCGGACGUUCUGCGGGAACUUGGAGCUCGUGUAGUUUUAGAAACAUAAAUUGCAAAUUGCAGAGAACUUCAUCGCCAUAAAUCUUAAUUGCCCUAAAUGUCGUGAAAUUUUUUAUUUUCUUACAUAAGUGUUAUGUUUUAUGUACACUCACAACUAUCGAAAUUAAAUAAGUUUUCGAAUAGUUCACAAAAGUUUAUCUUUAUAUGAAGUGCAAGAAUCAAAUGGUUAAUAUUCACAUUUACAUCUAUGAAAAUUAAACAAGUUUGUGGAAAAUUAAAAAAAGUAAAACUUUUUAGAACUUUUAGAUACAUACACUUUCACAUACAUAUGUACAAUGUUCAUACAUAACAACCUAGGUCAAUAUUGUUUAAAGUGUCGUAUGAAUAUGCGCAAAGAUAAAAACAACGAUUGCUUGUUGUAAUAAACAGCACUCACACGCACACACUCGUGACUAGAAACCUAUACAUACAAACGAAAAAUCGAGAAGGCUGUUAACGAGCGGCUCAGCACUCCAAAACCUAUGAUUGCCUCCGAGUUUAUUACACCAAGAUCGCUUACCUAGCGCUAUUCAGAAGCUCCAUUACUAACAAUAACAACAACGAAACGGAAAACAGAAACAUAUUCCUCCUAUAACGGUCUCCGUAUAUAUAUAAUUAAGCAACGUCAAAUGUGAGAGAGAAUUUUCGCAAACGCGAUUCGAAAACGGGUCUGACGGAGCAUCCGUGAAAAAUGUUUUAAGAAAACACUUGCCUCUGGUUGAUUUGUGUGCUCGGAAGCUCCACUCUCCUAGAACUUACAAAAAUCGAAGACACAGCCACAGAUAUAAAAAGAAAAUUAUCUUUUUACGGAUUUCUUCCAUAAAAUUUAUGAUUCAAUUAACAUGGUAUACUAUUCCGCAAGCCAGCUGCUCAUUAAAACGGAGCAAUCUAAUCAGGCGGAGUUUUGUCUUCAAGGGACGCCUCCACUGACGGCGACGACCACGAGUUUGAGUAUCGGAGUGCCACUGACCGGUGGCCAGCAAGAGCAAUUUGAACUGCUGCAGACGCCACAGCAGCGGCAACUUGAACUCCAGCUGCAGGACCACAAUCACCAGGAGCAGCAGCAGUUUGUCAGUUAUCAACUGGACAUCCAGCAGCAGAAACAUGAAUGCAUUACGAGCAAGACUCCAACAGCAGCCCCACCCCCUCAGGCGAUCAAGACAGAGCAUUCUGCAGUGUUUUCAGAAUAUCCUACGGUGACGCAGGUACGCAAAAAGCCGCAGUUUGGAUGCGACCAGUGCGGCAUGACUUUUGGUAGCAAGUCGGCCCACACCUCGCACACCAAGUCACACACUAAAAAUGCUGAUGAGCCGCUGAAUGGCGGAGGAGGAGCGACUGUCGUUCCGACGCUAUCAUCGGCUGCUAUCGAGCUAAAUAAUGCGGGUCUGCCAGUGGGUAUCCCCAAGAGUCCGACCAUAAAGCCCUUGGCCAACGUUGCUGCCGGAGCUGAUCCGUAUCAGUGCAACAUAUGCCAAAAAACAUUCGCUGUUCCCGCAAGGCUGAUCCGUCACUACCGUACCCAUACUGGCGAGCGCCCGUUUGAGUGCGAGUUCUGCCACAAGCUGUUUAGCGUCAAAGAGAACCUGCAGGUGCACCGCCGUAUCCACACAAAGGAGCGGCCGUAUAAGUGCGACGUGUGCGGACGAGCCUUCGAGCACUCCGGGAAGCUGCACCGUCACAUGCGCAUUCACACAGGCGAGCGGCCGCAUAAGUGCGCCGUGUGCGAGAAGACGUUCAUUCAGUCCGGUCAGUUGGUAAUCCACAUGCGCACCCACACUGGAGAGAAGCCGUACAAGUGCCCGGAGCCGGGUUGCGGAAAGGGCUUUACCUGCUCCAAGCAGCUCAAGGUGCAUUCACGAACACACACAGGCGAGAAACCUUACCACUGUGACAUAUGCUUCCGAGAUUUUGGAUACAACCACGUGCUCAAGCUGCACCGUGUGCAGCACUACGGUUCCAAGUGCUACAAGUGCACCAUCUGCGACGAGACGUUCAAGAACAAAAAGGAGAUGGAGGCGCAUAUCAAGGGGCACGCCAAUGAAAUCCCCGAUGAGGCGGAGGCUUCAGUCUCGGCAACAUCAGUUUUAUUGGGUUCAGUCAGCAGCAACUCUGAGAGUAGCAACCAAUCGUCGACUAGCUCGCCGCUGACCACGAAGAAACCUCGGCAGGCACGUCAGCCACGUGGAACCAAAGACGACCCACCUGCCAUUCCUGUCGCUUCUUCCUCUCCGCUUUCGCCCAGUUCGAUAAGUUCCACGUACUCGCCAUCGGUAAGCAGUCAGGCCUCACCUCCUUCCUUACCGUGCCUCUUCCUGCCUGUCCAUAUGGAGGCGGAUGCCUUAAGCCGGGACAGCGGGGUUUCCAGCGCCCAGCUUGCCCGCAGCAGCCAUACGGAUGAGAGGCCGACCGACCUAAGCAUUCAACAAGGUCAGAACCCCGCUCCAGUGCCAACUAUAGACUUGUACCACGCUCCUCUCGAGAUCCAGUCCCAAGGCCCUGGCCUUACAAUUAAUCCCGCCCUGCUCGAAGCAGCCAAUAUAGCGCGUCGCCAUCAUGAAAUUGAUGAUCACAGACAGGAUGAGGACGUGCAUGCUGCCGCCUGGCAAAUGAUGCAACUUCGUCGUGGGCACGGAUCCUUACCUUCAACUGAGAUGCGGGCUCAGACGCACCAGUCACAAGUCCGUAUUCUGAAUGUCAGUGAUCUCGCGACCAACUACGAUGACACUCAUGAAGCAACCAUGCUGAUAGAACACUUUAAUAGGGGUGAUCUUGCUCGCCACGGGCUGCACAAAGGCUAUGCGCCGGUUCCCAAAUAUGAAUCCGCUUUACCUAAUCCGGACAUCGUGCGACGCGUUGAAGCGGCAAUCGGACUCCGAUCGAGCACUGAGUCACCCGAACGAAGUUCUUCGCCGGAGAGCGACUCCCUAAUGAUGGCAGACCGGAACAUUAUGACGCUACCGCUCCGGAAGCGCAAACACUACAUGAAAGGGGACGACGCUCAAACGGAUAUCCAAAAGUCUGUGGGGGGAAAAGACCCUGUCGAGAAUGGCUCUUCCAUCAAAAGUGCAGUCGUUUCUGUUAGUGACGGUGAUAGAGCUGGAUCCAAAGUAAUAAGAAUGAGCUCGGUUAUCCAAUUUGCAAAGGCUUCUUAGGGUUUGAGGCAUCUACCCAAUCAGCAUUAAGACUGUCCAAACAAAUUUUAAUUGAAAUUAGUUUAAAUUUUAUCUCUGAAGUUCGAGGUAAGACCCAGAAUAAAUAUAAAAAGAAAGAGGUUAGGCCUUGGAAUAUUUAUCAUACAACAAAAAUAUAAAUGGCAAAAGUAUUAUAAAAAUCGAACAUUUGUUUUAAUAUACAAAUCACUUCCUAUUACUUUUAAUUGCCUUAAUUUUGCUAAGAAAAAAUGAUGGCUUAAAAAACUUUUCAAUGCUGUAACAUUUUUAUUUUAAUUUCUUUGUAGCCACCUAAACAUAUUUCAACAAUCUGAAUUAUCCAUAUUAAGCAUAGCACUAGCAUAAAUUAUUUUAAUUUAUUUGUGGUCAGUGAACAGGUCCCAAUCCAACAGCACACAACAAUAAGUAACGAGUAAUUAAAAUUAUAAAAAAAGGUAUGCAAAAGGCCAUAUUGGCACUUAAUAUUUAUAAUUAUUUUUAUUUAUUAGGGUAAUAUGUUCUAUAUAUAACGACACAGAAGCACUAAAUAAGUUAAUAAUGAAACUGAUCGGUAAAGCUAAUUUUACAAACGGAGAAUAUUGAACUGAUAAACAAGAACAAAGCAAACCUUAUACCAUUUCAAAAAAAAAUUAAAUUAAGUGAGACAACAUUAUUUUUUCUAAGAGCAGAUUUUAUAUUAAGGUCUUUAUUGUAAAAUCCAAUAUUGGAUGAAGAACAUAUAAACAUAAAACUUCAAUAAACAAACUUUUAAUACCAAAUGAA